AUGGUAUCCAGCAGCGCGGAGAAUACGGACUAUGAAGCUGAUGCCUUCGAAGACGCACAGGAUACUGCACCACGUCCUGAAUCCCCACUUCCCCAAAGCGCUACCCGUUCUCUAACCGACCGUCGACCUUCGAACGGAUCUCUGACCACCCCCCGAGCCACAGUCCAUCCUCCCUUGCCCAUACCUGAACGGAAGCAGAGUGGCCAUGAUGAUACGUUGUCACCAGUAUCUCCCGUGGGAGAUGAUACCCCGAAGAAAAACAAACCCUCAAAAUCGCCCCUAUUAGCUGCUCACCGUCUCUCCACAACAUCUCUUGAUGAAAUCAACUUGGCUGCUCCGAAGGAAGGGAAUGGGGAUGAGAAAUCGCAGCAGACAUCCCCCGACUCGUCAAGUGGCCCUCCUCCCCUUCCCUCAAGAGAAUCCGCCAAACAAACUGGGCGCCUCCAGGGCUUCUCCGCUUCCCUUCCCUCUGUACCGUGGGGACCCCCUCCAGCAACCAAACAUCAAUCACCAACAACCCAAUUAGCGAAUCCCCCACAAACCUCGCGGAAACUUACUAGUCCGUUUGCCUGGCUUUCGCGGGCUAGCUCUGGCGGCAAAGAUAUAAAACCUUCCUCUGGAUCGGGGAAUAGCCGGAGAAAUACCGCGGCCUCGAUAUCGACAGUGGGCAGCAAUCCUGAAUUGCUGGCCAGGUUACAAGAAGGUAGUGAUGGGGAUUCCGCCAGCUUCGAUUCAAGGAGACGGAACAGCUUGAGAGACCAGUUCAAAUUGCUGAGAAUGCGGAACGAAGGUGUUGCCGAUGAGGCAGCCAGUAUUACCUCUGCCCAUGAUGAGGGCCGUGCUAGCACCAUUGGAAGCCCAAAAAGCGAAUCUGAGAAGAGCGAAACUGGACUUGCUGUUCCACCUGCACCAUCUCCUGUGGCAACAUCACCAGGUCUGCCUCCAACUGUCAAUCCAAACCUAGCGCCCGGCACUGUCUCUGGUAUAUCAUCCUCCGCAACUGAUGCCUCAGCUCCUGUCGAUUGGGAACUGUGGCAACAUGUUGUCAACGUUGGACCGGAGGCUCUUAAGGGAUCCAAUGCGGAGGAGUUGAAUGCUGCUAUCAAGAGAGGUAUUCCACAAACGAUCCGUGGGGUUAUUUGGCAAGUUCUUGCAGACAGUAGAAAUCCGGAAUUGGAGGAUGUAUACCGAGAAUUGUUAGCGAGGGGCACGGAGAAGGAUCGUGAUCGCUACUGGAGCAUCAGUUCUGCCAUAACUCUCAACGGCCAAAGUAACGGAGUUCCGAAGGAUAAAGAGAAGGAAUCGUUGUCCUCUUCCCGGUCCUCAGUAGAUUCUGAUCGCUCGAGUCCCACAGUUAACUCAAGCAAUGGUGUUGUCUCUCCCCCUUUGGUACCAGAAAAAGACCCAGAUCCCGUAAUAAAAGCACAAGCAAGUCUGGAGGCAGCUCGAAAGAAAAAAGCAAAGGAGGACGCCAUCGCUCUUCAGAAACUGGAGAAAGCUAUCAGGCGGGACCUGGGAUCAAGGACCAGUUAUUCAAAAUAUUUUUUGUCGCAGCGCAACCAGGAUGGGUUAUUUGGACUCUGCAAAGCCUACGCGUUGUAUGAUGAAGGCGUGGGCUAUGCCCAGGGGAUGAACUUUAUUGUUAUGCCUCUGUUAUUCAAUAUGGAUGAAGGGGAAGCAUUUACCCUUCUGGUUAAGUUAAUGAACAAAUACCGCCUACGAGACAUGUUCAUCCAAGAUAUGCCUGGACUUCACAUGCGCCUGUACCAGUUCGAGCGCUUGCUGGAGGAUCUUGAGCCUGCCUUGGCUUGUCAUCUGCGUCGACGUGGAGUUACACCCCAACUCUAUGCAACGCAGUGGUUUCUCACCUUGUUUGCAUACCGAUUCCCGCUUCAACUUGUCCUCCGCAUUUACGAUUUGAUAUUCGAGGAAGGGCUAGAGCCGACAAUCCUCAGGUUCGCUGUCGCAAUCAUGCAGCGCAAUACCGAAGCAUUGCUAGGGAUGAACGAUAUGGCGUCGUUAACUAAUUUCCUCAAAGAAAAGUUAUUUGAUGUCUAUAUCGACCAACAGCCAUCUGCAAGCUCGAUUCUCGAGUCUGGCUUCUUCGGCAGCUCUGGUUCCUCUGACAAAGAAGUCUAUCGUGCUGAUCUCAUGGUCCAAGAUGCGUGCCUUGUCAAGCUUUCGGAUGACAUGAUCAAAACGUAUACUGCAGAAUGGGAAGAGAAAGUCCGCGUGGAACAGGAACAGGCAGCAGAGUUGGAAGGGUUAAGGCACACUGUCGCAACGCAAGCCGCUCGCAUCCGCUUGCUUGAGGAGCGCGCGGAGAAGUCAGACACGGAGCAUGUGCAGCUUGCGUCAGAACUAGUCCGCCUCAAAGUGGAGAAUGAGGAGCUACGAGAUGCAAAUGAAAGUUACAAGGUUGAAGUCGAGGAGCUGAAGAUUGUUAUUGACCGACAACCUGCCGAGCUAGAAGACAAGUUGCGGACGGAAAUGGAGCGGAUCAUGAAGCGAAACAUCGAGGUGCAGAACGAGAAUAGGUCGAUGGAGGAGCAAAUGGCCGAGAUGGAGAAAGAUCUUGUUGAUACAAAGUUGAAGUGGGCCGAGAUGUCCGAAGAGCAUGAGAGCCUUAAGCAGAAAUGGGUCGAUCUACGAAAGGCCCUUGGUUAA